AUGUUUGGUCACCAUUCUGCCAACCAGCCAGCAGCAGGCCUCGUCAUGUCUGGUCAUGACCAGCAUAAUGCCAUUAAGUCGCCCCAAUCCAAUGUUGCGUCAGGCGCCGGCACUACCAACUUUCUUAUGAUAAACCCCUCCUUGUUUCAGCAAGGUAGUAGUCUCCAUCAGACCAUUGUGGAUAACUUGCCAGUUUCUUUAUCCAACUCCUUGCAUAACCUUCAUCAGACUUCAGGAGGAGCAGUGUAUGCCUUUACUGAUAACCAAAUAGGCAUCAGAUUGCCUAUUGGAGUUGGCAUCAAGGAUGCUUCAGAUGAUCAUUCAUCAAAUAUGGAUAAAUCUGAUUCCAAAGUGGACAUUUAUUCAGUGACAGAUGACAAAGGGGUCCCUGGGCUUGCAGGCAUCCAAUUCCAAGAUGGAGGUGAACAGACUAGCCCAGGGACACCAAGUCAAACAAGCACCUCCCAGAUUCUACACUAUCGUCCCUCUGCAAAGUCGGGGGAUGCCAUGCUGAGUGCUAUAAACUAUAAUGACAGUGAAAUGUUACCAGAAGGUGCCUUUGACAGUUGUUUGCCCAACCUGGAUGAUGGCAUUUUGUCGAAUAUGGGAACACCAGGGAACAUCCGGAUGUCCGAGAACCUGCCUGACCUGUUUGAUGGGGAGGGUAAUGUGAAUGAUUCCUAUAGUAUGGAAGGCUUGUCACCCCAGCCAUUCACAGACUCCGCCUCAGGAUUUGUAGGAGAAAGUAACCUUGGGUCAGUCAUUGACCCAGAUGGCAUGCAGAAUCCAGACUCCAACAAGUCGGACAGCUCAAAAAAGAAAUCUAAAAACAAACAACCAAAAAGUCAAGGUUCCCCAGGCCGUCAGACCAUGCAGUGUCCGUCGUGCAAUAAAACCUUCAACAAUUCCAGUGCCCUGGCCAAACACAGACUCACCCACAGUGAUGAACGCAAAUACGUGUGCAAUUUGUGUCAGAAAGCCUUCAAAAGGCAGGACCACCUAAAUGGUCACUUAAUGACCCAUCGUGACAAAAAACCAUAUGAGUGUAAUGUUGACAGCUGCCAAAAGAGUUAUUGUGAUGCACGUUCAUUACGGCGUCACCUCGAGAAUCACCACAAUCAGUCACCAGAACAGAUCCAGACAGCCAUUGCAGCUGUGGCCUCCAAUGCAACAGCUAUCAUAGCUGCUGCAGCAGCCUCCAACACAGCUUCACUCAGAGCCACUACCACAGAAACACAGAGUAUGCCCUCAACCUUAUCAGUUAUAUCUGGAGCAAGUAACAGCCAUUCCUCGCAGGAUGGCAAUGGCUGUUCCAGUCAUUAUUCCACACCUCAGUACAGUAACAAUUCUACCCCAAUGACCAGUCCCUCAUACAGCAACAACGGUAACCCCCAACAGCAGACAGCAUUCUUCCAGUUUGACCAAGUGCCAUCCUCUGCUCAGACUUCGCAUGACAUUACUUUGCAGCAGCCUCACCUUACAAAUGAACCGCAGCGUCCCCAGCAGAUCACCAUCCAGCCGCAUGUGGUGACACAGUCGCAAUCCUUAGCACUUGGUCAGCUCCCUGAAGGACUACCAGUUGACUCCCAACAGGUACAGAACUGGCAAGAGCGGGUGCAGCAUAUCCUUACUGCAGCAGCAAACCAAGCUGGAGCAGAGCAGCAGUCCAACUCUCACAGUCCUCAGGGGACCAUUGAGGAUCAAUCACCGAGCUACCUUCAGCAGGUCAGCCCCAUCAGCCCUGUGAUGAACCACCCAGGGCCUGCCAGUCCCCAGCGCAUCUGGUCUGCCAACCCUCUCACUCCCAACACCAUCACCAACGAUAAACUCAAUGGAGAUGACUCUGCCAAACCAGUGGUGUGUAGUAUUUGCGAGCGACGUUUUAAGAAUAUUCCAGCCUUAAAUGGCCAUAUGCGACUUCACGGAGGCUACUUCAAGAAGGAUAUCAAUAAAGAAGAGAAGAAAAGUAAGAAGGCUAAUAGUACCUCGAUGGGAUCAAAAGUUUCAAAGGUUUCCUCAGAGCCUAUAGACAUUGCUCUCCCGACCAUAUCACAGGCAUUCCAGAAGUCUUUAGAGACUAUUACUUCCCCAGUAACUGCUCAGGCAGCAGGUCCUGUGUUCCCUAGCCUACAGUCCCAUGUAGCCACACCUGACACACCUCUGGAUAUUGCACACUCUGUCAUACAGCAACUCCAGCAACACCAACAGCAGCAGCAGAUCCAGAAAUCUAAGUCUGAUGCUAAGCCUGCAUGUGAACAACAGAUGCAGCUUCAGCAGUUACAGCAGCAGGAACAGCAGCUGCAGCAACAGCUACAGCAACAGAUACAGCAGAUACAAAUGGAGCAACACCAGCUGCAGCAACACCUGGAGCAGCAGAACCACCAACAACAAGAGCAACUACAGCAGGUGCCACAUGUACAGAAACAGCAGUUGGUGAUACAGCAACAGAUCCAGCAAUUACAGAUAGAAAAACAGCAACUUACACACCACCUAGAGCAACAAAUACAGCAGACCAAGCUGAAACAACAACUGGAGGACCAGCACCUCAAGCAACAGCAACAAAGUCAGCUUCAGCAACAACAGCAACAGUUCCAGGACAUUCUAAAACAGCACCAGCAACACAACCAGUCAGGCUCUGUGCCACAAUCACCACAGGUGCCACAGUCACCCCUUCUACAGAGACAGGUAUCUGUAGAGUCCCUAGACUACCAGUUCCAGUCCCAGCAGAUCCAGGAUAUUCCAUCUCGCAUGUCUGCACAGCUGCAUCUCCAGCAGCUUGCCCGUCAACAGCAGCAGCAGCAGCAGGGUCCUCGAGACAUCAUCCAGCAGAUGGACAUUGGCCAGCUGGCAGAGCAGCUCAGUAUGUCUUCUCAACAACAACAACAGCAGCAACAACAACAACAGCAGCAACAACAACAACAGCAACAACAACAACAACAGCAGCAGCAGCAACAACAACAGCAGCAGCAAUCAGUUCCUCAUCCUCAACAUGUGUUACAGCAGCUACACUCACCACCUCCUGUCAGUCUCAGCUCCAUGUCUAUUCAGUCAAACCUCCAAUCCGCCAUUGCUCAAAUUCCACAGUUCACAAUUCAAACUCCAAACCCACAACAGGAGGUAAUGCCACAAUCGCAGACAUCUUUUGUGUCACCAAGCCAUCUCUCUGCUGGUCAGGUUACUCUUGUCACAACAAGUGCAGAUAAUCCAGAACUGUCUGUUGCUCAGUUACUCAAUGGCAUAGAUGGGAUACAGGACCCAGUUGGUACUGUCUUCCGCAGCCAGACAACAACAACUAGUGGUUUGGUAGGAGGUAUAGCAGGUCUAUCUCCUAUUGUUGGCCAUCCCAACAUGUCAACACUACCCUCGACUAUCAAGGAGGAAAACAACCUGGCAGUGACGCCAACGCUGGAUAACACCUCAAUGUCUAACAGCUUUGUAGUGUCGCAUGCUUCUGGGAAUCUACACAGUGGUACAGGAAGUGCUACCAUAGAUUUGGAUAGUGCUGCGGAGCGACUUAAACAAGAGAUCAUGGAACAAAUGGCUAACAGGGGAUUGCAUACAGAAUCCAAGGCAGCUGACAGUAAUCCAUUUUCAUUCCCAACCAUAGACUCUCUUAGUGGUAACGAUCCUGAAGGGGAUUUGCCAGGCAGCAUAGGGAGUCAACACAAUCCAGGAGGGCAUUUUGAGGGCAUCAUAGGCAUUCAUGGUGAUUCAGUUCAACAACAGCUGAACAUAGACAAUAGUUUGAAUACAAAAUCAGACGCCAAAUCAAUUCAGAAUCAACAUCAAGAACUUAAACGAAGACUUUCAGUAGGUAGUGAAGUAGAACUUUUGAAGAAGUCUUAUUCUUCAGGUAAUCAGCAUAAUAUCGGGUCUAAGGGAUCAACGCCAAUAACAUAUGUCAAACACAACCCGUCCAGUGGCACCCAUGUCAAAACAGACAGUCACACACGGCCUCGCAUGAGGAGUAAAUCAGGUGAUGACUACAACCUAAUGCGUGCCAAUAGUGAGGAUCACACGUUCAUGAGGCCGAGGAGUCGUACGGAGGACUCCUUGUGGAGAAUGAAAUCAAAAUCAGAGGAAUACUGGGGAAGUCCGUUUUCAAAAUCAGAUGGUGCAGGACUGUUUAGAAAUCCAAAUACUUUAUCUAGUCCCAUCAAAUUGAAAAGGAAGCAUCGGCCGGCUCCGCUGUUUAUACCUCCUCAUAUGAAUAAUUGUGGCUUUCAGAGCAGGCUUAGGUCACCUCGCAUUAACCCUCAUAUAGAAGGCAGGGGCAACACCCCUCCACCUUACACACCUCCUCCCAUGCUCAGUCCUAUUCGGAGUGGAUCAGGUCUGUUUUGGAGUAUGUACAAGCCAGUUACCCCAAAAUCUGCUCCUGUUACUCCAAGGUCUCUCCAGUUGGGUAUGAGUAACAGAGGAAGUUUAGGUCAUUUUGAUCAAGUGAUGAAGAUGGAGGAAGAGGAUGAAGAAGAGACUUCUCUUCCACAGGAAUCAGAGGAAGCAGCACCUGAAACAGAUGUACAACCUCAUGUAAACAUAGGAUCUCAGUAUCAGGCAGAAAUACCCCCUUUCAACAGCAGUAGAGUUGGUUUGGAAUCGGUGGAGCCUAAAGAAGAUUUAAUGUGGAACCCUUCCUUUAUAGGGGAUAACAGUGACCAUGAUGUGCAAUUUUAUCAAGAAUUUGCUUGCUCAUCAGCUGUGAAAGGAAAUGGUUCCAAUGUAGAAUAUGCUUUACAUUUAUUACGAAUGGCUAAUGGCAACAUUCAGACAGCUAUGCUGAUGUUGAUGAGUUCAGCCAUCAGGGUACCACGAUAUCACAGUCUGCAUUCUUACACAUAUCAAGAAUCAACAGUUUGGUCUACAGAGGAAGUUGAACGUUAUCAGCAGGCACUGAUGAAAUGUGACAAAGACUUCCUGAGUAUCUCGAAAGAGGUGGAGACCAAAUCAACUGGUGAUUGUGUUCAGUUUUACUACCUAUGGAAAAAGGUUUGUCCAGAUGAACACAAACGCCUGAGAGUGGUGCGGCGUAAACGUGAACAGGACCAGCUGUACAAUUUACGGACACGCCAGCAGCAGCAACAACAGGAGCAGCAGCAAAGUGGGCUGACACAGGUUACAGAUGAGGAUGACAGUGAUUCAGAUUCCAGCUCCUCACUGGACACAGGCGACCACCUGGACAAAGAAGAGGAACAACUGUCCAGUUCGUCUGUGCGGUCCUCCCCAGUUCCAAUGUUUCCUUGUGAAUUCCCGGAGUGCACAGCAGCAUUUGGUUCAAAGCAGGCUUUGAAUGCUCAUGGGAGAAUUCAUGGUAGCUCUAAAAACUCUUCUCCUGCCUCAGGCCGCAACAUAGAGAACAGAGCACCUGGCAGGCCCAAGCCUAAUCCACUCCCCAACAAAACUGUUCCAGCACCUGUCCCUGGCGACGGCUCAGAGGUGUUCCCUUGUAAACUUUGUGGAAGAGUGUUCCCAAAAGUGAAAAGCCGAAGUGCUCAUAUGAAGAUUCAUAGACUGGCAGAGGCUGAUAGAAAACAACCGAAACCAAACAAUAUGGAACUGACUAUUAAAACAAUACUGCCCACAGGCUCCCCAAAUGGCUGA